UUCACCACGUUGAUUAUAUUGUUCAAACACUGCUUCAGAGCAGAAAGGCGACCUGCGCCAGUUCCGGUUUAUAUGCCACAAAAAUCCUAAUUUCGUACAAUGACGGUCAAGUGACAUGGUACAUUCUGUCAUGUUCACGUGAAUAAUCCAGCUAGUCAAAGGCACACAUUCGAGGGUAAAGCCAGCGAAAAUGGCUUCUGACCUCCCAUCUGAGUUUGACGUGGUCGUGUUAGGAACAGGACUUCCUGAAAGCAUACUUGCUGCAGCAUUUUCACGUAAUGGUUACAAAGUCCUGCACAUCGACAGGAAUGAUUUCUACAGUGACACAUGGGCAUCGUUUAACACUGGAGGUAUUGACAAAUGGAAAGUACGGAAUGAGGCAGCAGAGCAGGAAAAUGAAAAGCAGGACAAGAAAUCCCCCGAGCUGAAAGAUGGUGAGAGGGUCAUUUCAAUGCCUGGAUUUCCAACAGAUACAAGUAAAAUCAAAGUGCAAUAUCAUGUUGCUGAAGAAAUUGACACCACAGAGAUCAUUGCAGCUGAGACUGGCGACGGUCAAGAAACUUGUGCUUCACCAGAACAACUUCCUCAGUCUGAUAUUGAAGGUGAAGGACAGUUUGAUGACAAGAAAGAAGUAGAGCCAUCUGAAACACCUAAAGAACAGGAGCAAGCUGAGAAGAAAGAAUCCAAGCCAGCCCAGAAAAUCUGGACAGCUAAUGAAAUAAAGGAAAACUGGCGGAGAUUCAACCUUGACCUUGCACCGAAAGUUUUGUACUGCAGCGGACAGAUGGUGGAAUUGCUGAUUGUUUCCGAUGUUGCAAAAUAUUGUGAGUUCAGGACUGUCAGUCGAAUGCUCACACUCCUCAACGGUCAGUUAGAGAAAGUGCCAUGUUCGCGAGCUGACGUUUUCAGUAGCAAGAAGGUGUCAAUGCUGGAGAAACGGAUGCUGAUGAAGUUUCUCACUUUCUGUGCUGAAUAUGAAAAAUAUGCUGAUCAGUAUCAAGACUAUGCUGAAAAACCCUUUUCUGAGUUUUUGAAUUUCAAGAAGCUGACGCACAACACUCAUCACUUUGUUUAUCACUCCAUUGCUAUGGCAACAGAGGCAACAACAACAGAAGAAGGAUUGAAGAAUACUAAGCACUUUCUGCAGUCUCUUGGUCGUUAUGGAAACACAGCAUUCUUGUUUCCAUUGUAUGGAAGCGGAGAAAUACCACAAGGUUUCUGUCGUCUGUGUGCUGUGUUUGGUGGCGUGUACUGCCUGCAUAUGUCAGCCACUGAUAUCAUUGUAGACCAGGACAACAAGUGCUGUGCAAUACACACAACAGAGGGACAGAGAAUCGAAUGCAAGCAUCUUAUCCUUGGACCAUCCUACAUUCCUGAUACACUGAAGGACAAAGCUUCUGAUUCAAAAAUCUCUCGUGCCAUUUUGAUUACUAACAAGUCUGUUCUGACUUCAGAAAAUCACGAACUUUCCAUGUUACACCUCCUGCCAGAAGAUGAUCCAGCUCGACCAAUCACCAUUUUGGAAUUACCCCCAUCAUCGAUGGUUUGUCCGAGGGAUUCGUUCGUUGUCCAUUUAACUCGUACAGGAAGUGGUGACCCUGAAGCUGAUCUUUUGCCGGCCAUCAACAACUUUUUUGGUUCAGAGCAGACGGAUGAAAAACCAUGCAUCUUGUGGUCAGUGUUCUACAGCCGGGACGAUCAGUCAGACGUGACACCUUCAAGUUCAACUCCAUCAAACGUCUACCUUCUGCCAGGCCCAGGGACAGAGAUAGAUAUGGAUGAUAUUGUCCUUCAUGCCAGGAAAAUAUGGGAGAAGAUUUGUCCCGAUGAAGAGUUCCUUCCUAAGCCUCCCAACCCUGAAGACAUCAUCUAUGUGGAUGACGCAGAGACAAGGGUGGGCGAGGGAACAGAGAAUGCGUUUGAAGAUGCAGAUGAGAAACCCAAAUCUGAGGAAGAGGCUGAAGAGGGUACUGGGUCUGAGAAGAAGAAAAUUGAAGAAGAGGGUGAGGUGAACAAAAAGUCUGGGGAGAUGUCGAGUGAUGUGGAAAAGGUUUCCACGGAAGAUGGUGAGAAAGCCGAGUCACGUGUUCAGGUGAAGGGGGAACAUGAGAGUGGUCAAACUGAUCUGGACUUGUGCAAUAAGCUGGAACAGACCAAUAUCAGUUAGUUAUAAUAAGGGUGAGUAGUUAGCCCAGUAGUUUGCCAAACCUAACUGCUGGCACACCAUUAACUAUGUAAUCUUCCAUAGAGGUUGGGUAGCCUCCCUAAAUUCGAGAGACUACCUACGCUAAUGACGUCACAAGGGUAAUGCCCCUCCCUCCCAUGUGUUUAACUAGGUCACAGUUCACGGAUAUAGCAUCCCCUUUGUUCUGGUAUAGCAUGGGUCGGCACCAUGAUAAACAAAAACCCCAAGUCAUCCACUUGUAUAAGGGGACCAGCACAUGUGAAUGUAAACUAUUUGGGCGAAAUAAACAACAACAAUAUACAACUUC